UACAAUAGAUGGCGCUGUCGUGCCGUUGGAUUAAUACGCUUCUUCAUUGGCGACUUGGAAGGACAUAACCUAUUUAUCUUGCUAUCCCUUUGAAUGUUUUUUUUACUCAAACCCUCCUAAUGCCAUUAAUUCUCAAAAAGUCCGAUAUAGCUACAGUAUUUCAAAAAAUUCUAAACUCAGAUAUCAGACUGUCGUGACCAUUUGAGAGUCUCAAGGCCGAGAGCUGCAGGACACCCGCAGACAGGCUAGUCAGCCGCAUUUAGCCACCAUCACAAACAUGGAUCAGCACAACUCGACGUUUGGAGUGCAGCUUUUCAUUUAUGAUUUGUCGAGGGGAAUGGCCAGACAGCUCAGUCCGAUAAUGUUGGGAAAACAGCUUGAUGGGAUUUGGCACACAUCUAUAGUGGUCUACGGAGAGGAAUUUUUCUAUGGUGGUGCUGGGAUCUCUAGUUGCCCACCGGGCGGGACGAUGCUCGGACCUCCAGACACAGUGGUGGAACUGGGAAAUACAGAGGUGACAGAGGAGAUCUUUAUGGAUUACCUGUCCUCACUUGGAGAGACAACAUACAGUGGUGACAAGUACAGAUUGUUUGAACACAACUGUAACACGUUCACUAAUGAGGUGGCCCAGUUUCUCACUGGCAAUAAAAUUCCCUCCUAUAUCACAGAUCUACCCUCUGAAGUGCUCUCCACGCCAUUUGGUCAGGUGUUGCGGCCAAUCCUGGACUCGAUACAUAUUGCCCCUCCAGGCGGAAACGUGAUCAGCAGCCAAAAUAAUCAUAGUUAGAUCAUCUUUGUAAUCUCAUACACACACAUACACAUGCAAUAAUUCUCAGACAGGCUUGUUUAUACACACACAUUUGCCCUGUUGUAAAUGAGGUUUGGCUCAAAAAUCCACAUCACUUCUGAUCCAUAUUCACAGUUGCCCAAAUAUUUUGAGACAGUUUUGCUUAAAGUGUUUCAAGCACAAGGUCUUGGUUCAUCCUUCCAGAUCACAGAUGGUUCAUAUUUUUCUUGGUUUCUAUGGUUUUUUUCAUUAUAUAGCUUUAUUUUGUAUCUCUACA